AUGGUUUUCUUAACUUUUUAUUCAACUGUUCAUACAUUUAGCAAGGAAGAAUUUGCAACAAAAGUAUUUGGUGAAUCUAAUUAUAUAAUUUUAGAUUAUAUAUCAUUGAAGGCUGAAUAUGCUAAGGCUUCCAGGAUAAAUGUAUUAAAUAAUGACGAACUAACUUGGGAUUACUCAAAGUCGCCCUUAUUAGAUUAUGUUAAUGGUUUACCUACACUGAAAUCUAUUGCCACUGUUUUAAAAGAUUCACCUCAAAACGUAAAAAAGAGAAAAAUUCCAAAGCACGAUACAACUUGGGAACUGGUUGAAAACUAUGAUUUUAUUAAACCUGAUAAUAAAUCCCUUGCACCAGAAAAAACUAAAACAAUACAGUUUGUUAUGACUGCAAACAGUAAAACUCGUAAAACACUCUCUAACAUUUCAUGCUCCGAAAAAUUUUCUAUUCUGUCUGUUCGGGGUCUCGACCCGGCCAAAAGCAAUUGCAAUCGACUUUUCAGACUAUUGUCUUUGUACGCCACGGUGGCUGAUAUUAAUUAUUCGCGCGAGUUAAAUUCUGCCGAAGUUCAAAUCAGUAAAUGCAAUGAUAUCAAUACAUUUGCUCAAGUUCAACAUCAUUAUCUAUCGCACGGAUUCAACUUAUCAUUCCAGUAUUUAAAAGAUGAUAAGAAGGCAAAAAAUCGUUGUAUCAAUCCAUUUGUUUUGUCAGAUGGAUCACCAUCAUAUGUAGUUUAUGAUCGAAAAAUGACACUUCAUGUAUCAAAUCCUCCGCCAUCUAGAGUGCUCCAGUUUGCAGGCGCUCCGUCGAGUAUAAAUGAAGAAAAACUUAUUUCACUGUUUAAAAAAACAAUUAAAAACGAAAAUUUAAAAGUCAAACUUCUGACUUCCAAAGAUCAUAAAAAAAGUUCGACGAUUAGUGGUGAAAUUUGGUUUCCCACUGUAAGUGAAGCUAUUGAAGCUGUAAUGGCAAUUAAUUAUGCCAUUUUUUGGAAUAAAGAUACCAACAGGAAGGAUUAUGUGUUAAAAUUGGCAUUUAUUUCUGAAGUACUACCAAUACUUAAAAAGGUUGCAAUAAAAACAGAAAAUAAUAAUGUGAUAAAGACAGAAGGUAAUAAAGUAAUUAAAACAGAAGAUAUUAAAGACAUCAAAACAUAUAGUAAUGAAGUGAUCAAAACAGAAGAUUAUAAAUUGAUCAAAACAGAAAAUAAUAAAAGGAUCAAAAUAGAAGAUUAUAAUGUGAUCGAAGCCGAUUAUAAUUAUAUAGUGAUCAAAACAGAAGAUGAUAUAGCGAUCAAAACAGAAAAUGAUAAAGCGAUUGAAUCUUACAAUGAUUUAGUGAUCAAAACAGAAAAUGAUAAAGCGAUUGAAUCUUACAAUGAUUUAGCGAUCAAAACAGAAAAUGAUAAAGCGAUCGAAUCAGACAAUAAUUUAGCGAUCAAAACAGAAGAUGAUAUAGCCAUCAAAACAGAGGAUGAUAUAGUGAUCAAAACAGAAAUUGAUUAA